UUCUCCUAUAGCAUCAUCUACUACCCUUUCUCUUCUUCUCCUUCCUUCUUUAGCAAUCAAAAGCUCUCUAAAAAACCAAAAAAAGAAAAAAGUUAUGGGUGGAAAUUCUCCUUGUGCUUCCUGCAAAUUGCUUAGACGCCGAUGCGCUAAAGACUGCAUUUUUGCUCCCUAUUUCCCUUCUGAUGAUCCUCACAAAUUCGCCAUUGUCCACAAGGUUUUUGGUGCUAGCAACGUUAGCAAAAUGUUGCAGGAGCUACCAGUUCAUCAGAGGGCAGAUGCUGUGAGCAGUUUGGUGUAUGAAGCUAAUGCAAGAGUGAGAGACCCAGUUUAUGGGUGUGUGGGAGCAAUUUCUUAUCUGCAAAAUCAGGUUUCACAGCUUCAAAUGCAGCUUGCAGUGGCUCAAGCAGAGAUUUUAUGCAUUCAGAUGCAAAAUGAGCCAGUGAUUCCAACCCCACAAAUCGAACCAGAAGAUGACAAGUCUUUCCUUCUCCAAAAUAAUCUCCCUCAGUACUUUAAUUUUGCCUCUUCUAGCAAUGUAAUUCAUGACUCUCUUAAAAGAGAGAGCAUAUUUGGAGACAUCAUUUCUUAAGUAAUACAACUUUUUAUGCUAUGCUUUUUUUCAA